CGAGUACUGUCAGUGUUAUCCAACUGCACACGAAUCAACGCCUCGAGACCCUGUCGUGGUGGGCGCAUACUGACCCAAGAGUCGGCCAGCGAGACAGCGUUAAUCGAGGAGACGGGGAACGAAGGGUCCAGGGCGAUCGAGUGUUGGAUUUGAUGGCUAUGUGACUCGCAGCGUCACCAGCGCACUACUCGAAAAGGGUCAACAACUUCAAUUGUUCGGAGUCUCGCACUUGGGAAGGUCAGUUCGAGGGCUUGCCGGGAACGUCCCUGAAGGGUGACCCAUAACAUGAUCUCGGUAAUCUUCGUUCCAAAGCACAGCGUCUGCGUGACCUCGUUCGGAGGAUUCAAAUGAUUCGAGUUAUUGGAGCUGUUGGUGUUGUACGGAAUCCGUUAUGUCGAUCCACCAAGUACCUAGUAGUAAGUACUUAGGAUCAAUGGGAGCCUCAUGACCCGGAGGUCGAAGCGGCCGGCCGUUAUUAGACCUGGCUUAGCGGAGAGAAGCUCUCGUCGACACCCAUGGAUACGGAGGACGGAGUAGCCCCUUCCAGCUAGUCCUUGAAAUUGGCUUUCACCAGAGACCAGGUAUGGUCGUUAGUACUCAGUACAAGAACUUCCUCGUCCUAUCGUUUCAUUCUCAUCCUACCUGUACAAAAGUUGACUACUCGCGAUGGAACGUCACCUUUCACAAGGAUACACGGGUUGCAAAAACAUCAGCCUAAACAUCAGUGGCCGUCAAAGUAUUCGAAGGGGGGACGAAGAGCACCCAAAAAGUGAUUCAAAAACACACACAUCUCCUGUCUAGCAUCCGGUCUGGUCUGGAAAAGUCUGCGGUCCCGUGCCCGUGCUCGUGGAUGAUGAGAUGUACGGCUGAACUCCUGGUGAAUUAUAGUCCAAGUCAGAAGGCGAUGAGAUUCCGAGGGGAGCCUUUUUCGGCCGAUCGCCCGAGGUGUCCUGAGCCGUGGAUUGUAGGGCGUCCUGAAUUAUCAAUGUGUCUAAGAAGACGAGGAUGCUCAUGUCGUGGAAUGAGUCUACUUGAGCCGUAUACAGGCCCUGGCCACAUACUCUGUACCUUGGACGAUGAACAUGCUGACUGGUAUGGCACCUAGGUUGAGAGCUGUUCUCGUGCCGACCACUCCUCCUGUGCGUUGUCGUGGCCAGGAAGGGCUCUACUCUAGGCUGACCAUGCGGGCUGUCCAAUCUUUCUUCCCUACGAACUCUUCAACUUCCUUCCUCGGCGAUUCUCCCAUCUUGUGUGUUCCAUCCAAGAUGUGGGUAUACAUGACUGUUAACCCAGCUUCGACAAAGAGUCACGAGGCUUCUCGCGUUGUUUCAUCUUCCUGGGGGAUGUCUAAGGGUGGUUGGCCGUGGUGUCGGCAAUGGAUAUUACGCACAACAGACCAUAUUCAACCCAGUCUAGUUAGGCUUCCAACAAUUCGACCUUCCAAUUAAAGGGCGCUUAACAGAGUCCAGACUGAAAACAUGUUAUCUUGUGGCUUUUGGAUACUUUCACAGCGAAAAGUCUAGAAUAUUUAGACUCGAAUGUCCCUUUAGAUGCCAGAUGGCCAAAUAUAGG